AUGGCUGAGUUGAUAGCUGGAGCGUUUCUGUCCUCUUCCCUUCAAGUGGCGUUUGAGAAAUUGGCUUCUCGUGAAGUUCUUGACUUCUUCCAUGGCAGGAACGUCGAGGAUGGCUUACUGAAAAAGCUGCGUAUCAUCCUUCUGUCUGUGAAUCAGGUCAUUGAAGAUGCCGAGGAAAGGCAGUAUCGAAAUCGUAACGUGAAGCAGUGGCUUGCCGAGCUCAAGGAUGAAGUCUUCAAGGCUGAAGACUUGAUCGAUGAGAUUGCUACUGAGGCAUUGCGACAGAAACUGGAUGCUGAAUCGCAGACUCUGACCGGCAAGGUACGAGGUUGCUUUACUACUUUCAUUAAUCAAAGGCUGCUCGAAAAGAGCAUAGAGUCAAGGAUGAAGCAAGUGCUUGAGAAUCUAGAGUAUCUCAUAAAACAAAAUGAGAUACUUGGAUUGAGGCAAGGCCUUCCUGCUGGCACUCCGCAAGGAGUGAACAGGAAAGGGCUCCACAGAUCGCCAACAACAUCUUUAAUAGAUGAAUCCAGUAUAUAUGGGAGAGAUGCUGAUAGAAAGGAAUUAAUAGAUCGUUUAUUGUCACCCAACACGAGUGGGAAUCGGUUUGACCUCAUAGCUAUUGUGGGUUUGGGUGGGUUGGGAAAGACAACCCUUGCACGACUGGUCUAUGAUGAGAAAAAUAUCAAGGACCAGUUUCAGCACACAGCUUGGGUGUGUAUUUCUGAAAAUUUUGAUCGCGUUCAAGCUGCCAAAACAAUUCUCAAGGAACUUGAUUGUCCACCAGUUAAGCCUUUAGAUACUUUUUAUGAUCUUCAACGUAAGCUAAAAGAGAAAUUGACGGGCAAGAAAUUUUUUCUCGUUCUUGAUGAUGUCUGGAAUGAGAAAAAUCAUGAUUGGGAUGAAUUCCAAACUCCUUUUAAAGAUGUCGCUGUAGGGAGUAAAAUUAUUGUAACAACACGUAGCAAAAGGGUAGCUGAGGUCAUGCACUCCACCCAUAUACGUGAUUUGAAGACAUUACAACAUGAUGAUUGUAUGAAGUUAUUUGCAAAAUAUGCAUUUAAUGACCAACAUCAUGUUGUUGAUCAAAUCGGUGUAGAAAUUGUUGAGAAGUGUGGAGGAUUGCCUCUAGCGAUAAAAUCAUUGGGAUGCUUGUUGUGCACCAAAUCUCCUAGAGAUUGGGAGAAGAUUUUGAAGAGUGAUAUUUGGAAUUUGUCAGAGGAUGAUAGCAACAUAAUCCCAUCUUUAAGAUUGAGCUACCAUUAUCUACCUUCAAAUCAAAAGUGUUGUUUUGCUUAUUGUUCGAUCUUUCCUAAAGAUUAUAACAUUGACAAGAAUGUUCUUAUCCAAUUAUGGAUGGCAAAUGGCUUGUUGCAUUCGAGUAAUGAGAUAAGAGAGAACCUUGAGGAAGUGGGGAAUGAAAUCUUCAAUGCUUUGGAGUCCAGGUCAUUUUGGAACCAUCAAAAGAAGGUGGUAAUUACUUCAUUAUGCAUGACCUUUUGA